GCUCCCUUCCCGUUUCUCCCCAGCCUUCUGGUUCUAGUUCGCUGGUUACUUCCCUCCCGGCUUCUCUUCUGGAGAUAGUCUUGUCCCAGCUGCCUUAGGAGGGCGAGCUAGAGGCUAGAGAGAGAAAUUGGCUGCAGGCGGACUGGACAGAUCCGAUCAGGGCACGAAGGAACAAAACCAGUCUGUCUCUGUAUUUCUGUGUGUCUCUGUGUCUCUGUCUCUAUCACACACACACACACUCACUCACUCACUCACUCACUCACACUCACACAGACACACACCACGUCCUCUGAGAACUCAGCUGGCUGCGACCGACCGCGCACACCCCGCCCCGGCGCGCGUCCCAGGCCGGUGGAGCGCAGAUCCAGAUCCCCAGCGCGGCCACUUGGCCGGGUGUUCCCGAGCCUCAGGUGGCGCGGGAGGGAGAGCCCGCGCGUGACAACCCGGCUGCGCACGCCGAGACCUUCAGCCCUUCGGUCGGCAAGGGGAGCGGAGAGGGCGCGUCUGCCACCCAGAGCCCACCUGCCGGCCCUCGCGGUCCCAGGCUCCAGCUGUGCCGGGCUCUGGGCGCCUACUCCGCAGCUGGAGUGCCACCCGGGCUCUGCCGCGGUCCCCUGAGCCUCCCGAGUGCCCCAGGCGACCCGAAGAAGCGUGGCGGCGCGACAGCGGGAGCUCGCAAUGGCCAGGGCGCGAGGGUGGCUGUGUCUGUGGCUGGGUUGCUUCUGCCUGGACCUGGCGCUGGGACAGAGACCGAGCCUGCAUCUCCCUGAGCUCAGCCGGGCUGGGACAGGCGACCGCACGACAGGUGGUGACCCUAGCCCGGACCUACGGCCACACGACAAGGUGUCGGAGCAUAUGCUGUGGCUCUACGACAGGUACAGCGGCGGCGGCAGAGUCCAGGACACCCGGACGCGGGGUUCGCAGUCCCUGGGUCCCCAGCCUCUGCGCGGUGGCAACACUGUCCGCAGCUUCCGAGCGGUAGCCGCAGGAACUCUUCAAAGAAAGGGCCUGCACACUUUUAAUCUGACCUCUCUCACCAAGUCUGAAAACAUUUUGUCAGCCACACUGUAUUUCUGUAUUGGAGAAUUAGUGAACCUCAGCCUGAGCUGUCCAGUAUCCCAAGGAUGCUCCCAUCACGCACAAAGACAACACAUCCAGAUAGAUCUCUCUGCGUGGAUCCUCAAAUCAAACCAAAGCCAGCUCCUGGGUCACCUGUCAGUAGAUGUGGUCAAACCUUAUCGAGACAGCAUGCCUUGGCUGUCGAAAGACAUCACUCAGCUCUUGAAGAAGGCCAAGCAAAACGAGGGGUUCCUCAUAGGAUUUAACAUUACUUCCAAAGGACAUGAGCUGCCCAAGAGGAUGCUGCUUUUCCCGGAGCCUUACAUCUUGGUAUAUGCCAAUGAUGCCGCCAUUUCUGAGCCAGAAAGUGUAGUGUCUAGCUUACAGAGACACAGAGAUUUCCCCGAAGGAACUGUGCCCAAACUGGAUAGCCACAUAAGAGCCGCUCUCUCCGUUGAAAGGCGGAAGAAACGUUCGACUGGAAUCUUGUUGCCUCUGCAGAACAAUGAGCUACCAGGGGCAGAGUAUCAAUACAAGGAGGAUGGCGUGUGGGAGCAGAGACGGCCUUACAAGACCCUUCAGACUCAGCCCCCUGAAAAGAGCAGGAACAAAAAGAAGCAGAGGAAAGGACCUCAUCAGAAGGGCCAGACACUGCAGUUUGAUGAACAGACCCUGAAGAAGGCAAGACGAAAGCAAUGGAUCGAAUCUCGAAAUUGUGCCAGGAGGUACCUUAAAGUGGACUUUGCUGAUAUUGGCUGGAGUGAAUGGAUCAUCUCCCCCAAGUCAUUUGAUGCUUAUUACUGCUCCGGAGCCUGCCAGUUUCCCAUGCCAAAGUCUUUGAAGCCAUCCAAUCAUGCGACCAUCCAGAGUAUAGUGAGAGCAGUGGGGGUCGUCUCCGGAAUUCCAGAGCCUUGCUGUGUGCCAGAAAAGAUGUCCUCACUCAGCAUCUUAUUCUUUGAUGAAAACAAGAAUGUGGUGCUUAAAGUCUACCCUAACAUGACAGUAGACUCCUGUGCUUGCAGAUAACCCGUCAGAGGACGAAUCUGAGUGCUCCAUUCAAUCAGUAAUUGGGUUUUAUGGACUGUUUCUUUCUUCCUUUCUUUCUUUUUUAUUUUUGCACUGCCAAUGCAUUUUGUCCCAAAAGAAAAUGAACAAGUAGAUUGAAGAGUUCCACCAAGCAAAACUGAACUGUAUUUUCUUCUGAAUGUAACUAAAAGUGUGAUUUUAGUAAAUGUGGACGUCUAUUUUUUGUUUUAAUCACGUAAGAAAAACUAUUACUCAAACUGUUUUUAGGAGUGUUAGAGAACACACUGACUUAUUUUUGUAUUGGGCUUUAAAACUAGGUGGGAAUUAACAGCAAUAACUUACCAUUUGUCUCUACUCAUCUGAGGACUAAAGAGACAUAGGAAUCUUGUGGAUUUUAUUAGGUUUCUUGCCUUAGAUUUGUGAGCAACCCAGGCUGCUAAACACCCAGCUGACUUUGAUGUCCAUCUAAAGAGUUUCUGAGAUUUGUUUACCCUUGAUUUUCCUCCACAAUCAUGAUGUGAGUUGAAUUAGUGUGUGCCAAGUGCUAGUGUGUGUAUACGUGUGCCCAGUGCCUGAACAUUUGUUAAUUUUUUUUCUUAAUGUGGUUCUAUAGUUCCAUCUUCAUGGGAUUCCUUUUUUUUUUCAAUACCAUAUUCUGAUGUGCACCAUCCACUGAUGAUUGUAUGAUCAUAUGUCAAGAGCAAUGCUUGAUGUAGCCAUCUGAUUGGAUGUGUUCAUUUCAUUGAAUUCCAGAAAAAGAGAAUCAGAAACGCCUAAUUUGAAAACCCAGUCUCCUGAAUCUCCCUUUUCUACCCCCAUGUGUUUUCAUCUGCUCUAUGCUAAUUUGGGAAAUCCUUCCUGAAGUCAUUCACUUUCUAGUUCUCUUGUUAUUAUAUUAUUUCUUCAUGUGAUACUGUCCAUAGACGUUGAGGCUUAAAAACUGUUAGCAAUGACCAAGUAAAUGACUAUCUUGUAGUGAAUAUCUGAUCCCACACUUUUUUCUAGGCUCUUCAUCACAGAGAUUAAGAUAUUGGCCUCUGUCAUGAAACCUAUAUUCAAUCAAAGCUUACUAAAAAUUACCCACUAAGAAAGGGAGCCAAUACAGACACAGUCUAUUUCCAUUUCCAAUAGUCAUAAGUACCUCCUUUUAGAUUUUUGCCCUUAAAAAUUGUUUUAUAAUCUUUCACUCCACAAAUUUAAAAUUUAAAAGAUCUUUUGGUCAUUGUAUUUACCUGAAAGAAAGAAGUGAUUUCAGGUCAUGGAUGGUUGGUGGUGUUGUCUCUCAGAUCAGUCUUACAUGAUAAUUAGAAAUAAGAAAGCCACCUCAGAUCUUAUGUGAGCUCAGAACACAUGGGGUUUUAUCCCAUCUCUGCUUGUAACUAUCUAUGGAAUCCAGUCGUUACUAAAUACUGAGAGUUUGGUUUCUAAGACGAACUAUUUUAUACAUAGUCUUCCAGGGGUGAUGACAACAGAUAUAGAAAUACUGCAAGUACUCUGUUCGUAAACCAAAUGAAGCAUCAGAUACACUUUGGUAUGUGUAGAUGAGAGCAGCACUCUGUGCAGUAUUUUAUUUGAUGGCUGUUACAUAAGACAGGCAGCCAAAGUUCUUUCCAGUUGGAACGGCCUCUAAUGUGACUAUGUCUUAACUCUCAAUGAGUCACAGUGGGGGUGGGAGUCUGGAAAACAAAGUGCAGGUGCCUAAGUUACCUGGUUUCACUUUUCAUUCCUGUAACAUAAAGUUACAGACAUUCAAACUCAGGUGGGGAAUGAAAUUACUUUCUAACAAAAUUUCUGACAAAUUUGAAAGCAGAAUACAUGACAGAAACACAAAGUUAUGUACUCAUGGGUCUUUUUCAUCAAAUAAAAUUUGCUUUCCUGAGUAAAUUUGAUGGAAUUCUUAAUUGAGCUUUUCCUAGAGAUGUACCAACCCCAAACUCUAGCAAUUCUUCCCAGUCUUCUAAAGCUCAAAUCAGUUUCUACUUUCUGCGUAUUAAAUCCUACAGUGUGCCCAAUUCAUCUCAGUGAUAGAAAUUACCAAUUACUGACCAAUUAAUAUUUCAUUUUGAUUAGUGGCUGACAUGCUAAAAUCAUCACACAUUGAGCUUUGACAUUUUCUCAGCAAUGGGAAUAAAGGGCUGAACAGCUGCUAGCCACCAUGUCAACAUGUACUAAGCUGGAGGUACACUGUGCUUUUCAUAGAAAAAAAAAUGAUUCCUAAAAAUAUUUUAGUAGAAGGGGUUAAAGUGAAUUGAAUGACAUGUUAAUUAAUAAAAUUUCAUUUAAAUGGAAUAUUUUGCAAUGUGUUAGGUACCAGUUUCCAUACAGUGCCCACAUAACAUUGUGAGAACUCUCCUAUACAAUAUCGGGAUCGAUGGGGAAAGCAUUACAUUUUUAAAUGUAUUUCCUAGAUAAAACCUGCUUGCUCUGUCUCUAUUUCUAUCUCUCUCCCUUCUCAGCCUCAUUCUUCUUCUCUUCCCUUUCAAACACUGCCCUAGCCAGUUUUCCAGACACACACACACACGGACACGGACACGGACACGGACACACGGACACAAAAACAGAGAUAAACACACAGAGACAUUUAAGAAAAGAAAACAGUUCUUUUAUUUUUUAAACAAAAAUUCUGCAAAAAUACCACUGGGUUAGUUUCAUGUUGACCAUUUGUUCCUGAGCACAGAACCUACCCUGAAGUGUGAUUAAUAUUCCCAGUGACACUCUAUUGAGAAAAUUAAUUUUCCAUUUGCACGUGGGUAUCAACUGCAGAAAGCUUCUCGACUAGGGGUGGGAGCCUGUGUCUACCUCCCCCUCCUAGAGCUGGGAUCCCAUCUGGCUUGAGUCUGUGCAUUCUUUUUCUGAUAACUGUUUUCUGGAAUUCCAGUUAAGGGAUUGCCCAUAUCCAUGCAGUAUUUUAAGAAUUCUUCAUUGUAACCAGUGUAAAUAAUUUAUAAUUUACAGAAUCUGAUGCUGUAGAAGGAAACUGGAAGGUUGAAUGCCUUAGAUCUCAGGAUUGCAAUAUUCCAGAUUAAAUUUUAUACUCACCUAGCUAUGUAUUAACUGAUGACCAUUUAUUCAUUAAUAUAAAGUUUUACUAUUUCUGUAUAAAAGUCUUGUUACUCAUUUAAUAUUUCAUAGACAAUUGUAAGUAAUACUGUCAUCUGUCUGACUUAUGCAAUGUUUUUAUAACUACAUUAUUCAGUUAAUCUUGAAGUUUUACAUUUUUUCUGUGCUACCAAGUAACAAAUGUCUGGACACGUGAAUCAAGGUUGGGUUAGGGAAUAGCUAUGCAUACCUGAUAUGUAAGGAUGAAUAAGCAACUAAGUAAAAAAUCUUGGGUAAAUCUGAUUUCUCAGUGUUCUAGUGUUGCUUAUAAGGGAUAAAAUGAUUCCCUUUUCUAAAAACAAAGCUUUCCAUUCAACUUUUCACACUAAUUUCUGUAAAUGUUUUAGUUGAAAAUUUAAUGCUUGUACAGUCAAUGGCAAUUUAAAUAUAUAUUAUAUGUAUAUGGAAAAAGUUUAAAGAUGCUUUUAAUUUAUUUAAUGACUGUUGCCUUUCUAUAUUGGUAAUGAUUUUCUUCCUUACAAGGUGAGAAAAACAUCUUUUUUUUUUUUUACUAUAGUUCUUAGGUGGAACAUGACAUUUGGUUCUUUCGUCAAGACCAUUUCAAGGGUGUCACAGUGUAACUGUGAAGGGCACUUCACUACUGAUGUAUUAAGCUUUGCUGAUCUUGUAUCAUUUCCCUCCAGUAACAAAGAACUUUCACUCUAUAUUACAAAAAAUAAAAACAGCUUAAUUGAA